ACUAAAUGUAGGAGCUGGAGGCGGCGGCCGUUCCCGUCGGCCUCCGGCACGACUGACCGCGGACAGGCCCGAAGGCGGGCGGGAGGCUGGAGCUUAUUUAAUGAAAAGUGCCAUACACUGAAAAACCAAACAUGAGGGUAGCAGUUUAAUGAGCGGCGUGAAGAACAACGUUGGAAGAGGGAUCAACGUUGCCUUGGCAAAUGGAAAAACAGGAGAAGUAUUAGACACUAAAUAUUUUGACAUGUGGGGAGGAGAUGUGGAACCGUUUAUUGAGUUUCUUAAGGCCAUACAAGAUGGAACAAUAGUUUUAAUGGGAACAUACGAUGAUGGAGCAACCAAACUCAAUGAUGAGGCACGGCGGCUCAUUGCAGAAUUGGGAAGUACAUCUAUUACUAAUCUUGGUUUUAGAGACAACUGGGUCUUCUGUGGUGGGAAGGGCAUUAAGACAAAAAGCCCUUUUGAACAGCACAUAAAGAACAAUAAGGAUACAAACAAAUAUGAAGGCUGGCCUGAAGUUGUAGAGAUGGAAGGAUGCAUCCCCCAGAAGCAAGACUAAAGGGACCGUGGAGAAAAUGGAAGGAAGCACACUUUAACUGUUCACGGGAGAGCUCUAAAGGAAAAACUUCAUGUAAAUAUUUUAAGAGCAUGCAGCAAUCUCGGUGUAUGCAUGAACAUUAUUUCUUUUGAUAUCAGGAUUAUUUAUUACUAACGUAAAUAGAUAUCUUUGUAAAUAGCCAACCUAACGAGCAGAUCACUGAAGCAUUUCUAAGCACAUCUCCCUGCAAGAACAAUGUGUAGACUGCUGUGGUGGUAAUGUGUCUUAAUUCUAAGUGCAUACCAGACAGAUAACUGAAAAGAUUGUAAAAACUAUAUUGAUAUGUAUACUGUUGCUGUGAAAAUCUGUCAUGGAAUAAUAAUGGAUUUUAGGGAA